AUGAGUUCCCCUGCAAAUUCAGAUCCUUAUGUAAAUGCAGAUCAAAAUAUUAUCUUUGAAGAAGAUAAUCAUGAACAGAUAAUUGUUAAAGGCCAACAACAAUUAAUUAUUAAUGAUUCAACAAUAACAACAACAACAACAACAACAUUAACAAAAAUUAUAGAUCGAUCAAGUAUGCUUUUACUUCAACAAUCAUCGACAUCAUCAAAUCAAUACUUUGUUAGUUUAGAACCAAUAGUUACAAUUGUAUGUAAUGUAACCAUAACAACAUACCCAACUACAGCAAUUAUAGACAAUCAUUCAUGUGAUAGUAUUGAAAGUGUUGAUAAUCAACAAAUCGAACAAAUAUUAGCAUCAACAACAACAAUACCAUUAACAAAAACAACAGAAACAGCAUCAACAACUUCAUUGCUAUUAUCAUCGUUGUUACCAAGUUUUCAAGAGACGUAUUCCAUACGUCAAUAUUCAAGUGACAUUGAAUUAUCUGAAUUUGGUUUUAAAAUGGAGGAUGAAGAUUGUUAUACAAAUCAAACAACAUCAACAGAACUAUCAACAUCAGCUUUGUUAUCAAAGUUACAACAACAACAUCAUUCAUCACCACCGCCAAUUCCACCACCUCCACCACCUACUUCAUCACCAAAAAUAACAAAAACAUCAUCUCCUCCAUUAUCGCUAUACCCUCACCAUCAACAACAACAUCCUUUAAAUUUAACACCAUCAAUAUCAAAUAUAUCAUCAUAUCAUCAUCAUCAACGUCAACAAAUUCAUCAUCAACAAAAUCAUUAUCAAUCAUCAUCAUCACAUCAUUAUCAUCAAGUUCCACAAUCACAAAAUAUGUACGAUCAUAUGAGUAAUAAUCCAUCACCUUCAUCAUCAUCAUCUUCAUCAUCACCAUUAUCAUCUUAUAAUGCUUCAGCAUCAUCAAUGUAUUAUCAUCAUCAUCAACAACAACAACCUCAUUUAUCACAGCAAUCUAUUAAUGUGAUAAUGAGUAAUAAUGUGAUAAUGUGUAAUAAUGAUCAACAACAACAACAACAAUUAUUACCAUUAUCAUCAACAUCACCAUCAAGUUCAAAUACAUAUCAUUCAUUACCAGCAUUUCCUUUUAUAAAUAAUAGUAACAAUAACCUCACAAAUUUACCUAUACAACCACAACAACAACAACAACAGCAACAAUUAUCAUCAUCAUCAUUAUUAUCAUUACGACCUCAACAUCACAAGCAACGACGUGCAUCAUUACCCGUACAACAACAGCAUCAACACAAACAACAAUAUAAACAGCAAUAUAAAUCAUCAUCAAAUAAUUCAUCAGCAUGUUCAUCACCAACAUUAUCAUUAUCAAAUACAACAUUAUCGUUAACAACGACAACAACAUCAACUUUAUCAUCAUCUUUAUUAACAACCGCAUUAUCAUCGACACCAACCACAACAACAACAGCAUCAUCUUCCUCCUCAUCAUCAUUAUCAUCAUCAUCAACAACAACAACAACAACAUUAUCACAAUUGUGUGCUGUAUGUGGUGAUCAAGCCGCAUGUCAACAUUAUGGUGUACGAACAUGUGAAGGUUGUAAAGGAUUCUUUAAACGAACCGUACAAAAGGGUAGUAAAUAUGUAUGUUUAGCUGAUAAACAAUGUCCAGUUGAUAAACGACGACGUAAUCGUUGUCAGUAUUGUCGUUAUCAAAAAUGUUUAUCAGUUGGUAUGGUUAAAGAAGUUGUACGUACCGAUUCAUUGAAAGGACGUCGUGGACGUUUACCAUCAAAACCAAAAUUAUCAUCAUCUUCAUCAUCAUCCUCAUCAUUAUCAAUUUUACAAGAAUUAGUACAAGCACAUAUCGAAACAUCACCAAAUUUAUUAAAUUUAGAUUACUCACAAUAUAAUUGAACAAAUAAAUUACAAUUAAUAACAACAGAAUCAGAUAAAAUUGAACAAUUUUAUACGUUAUUAACAACAAGUAUUGAUGUUAUUAAAGAAUUUGUUAUGAAAAUUCCCGGUUUUCAAACGGAAUUAGAUCCGGAUGAUCAAGAAUUAUUAUUUCAAUCAGCAUCAUUAGAAUUAUUUGUAUUACGUUUAGCAUAUCGUUUAAAAUCAUCUGAUACAAAUAUUAUCUUUGAUACUGGUUUAGUAUUAAAUAAAGAACAAUGUUUACGUUCGUUUGGUGAUGAAUGGUUAUUAUCAAUUUAUGAUUUUUGUAUAACAUUAUCACAAUUAUCAUUAAAUUUAGAUAUAUUUGUUAUAUUAUGUGUUUUAUGUGUAAUCACGGAACGGCAUGGUUUAAAGCAACCAUUUAAAGUUGAACAAUUACAAAUGAAAUAUAUACAUAUUUUACAAGAAUAUUUACAAAGUAAUUUUAAUAAUACAACAAAUAUUAAUAAUCAACAUUAUUUUAGUAAAAUUUUAUCGAAAUUACCGGAGUUACGAUCAUUAUCUGUACAAGGCUUACAGAGGAUAUUUUAUUUAAAAUUAGAGGAUUUAGUUACGCCACCACCCUUUAUUGAAAAUAUGUUUAUGGCAUCUUUACCUUUUUAA